AACACAAAACCAAAAAAGAAAAACUAAAAUAAUGGCAAAAUACAUUUGAAGAAAACUCUACAAGAUCAACAAACAACAAAAAGGAUUUUUCCGAUUGCUGAAAAAGUUGACUCUUCUCGAUUAGAAUUCCUUGUCUUGGUUUCUGGGUUUUCUUCUUCCGGUGGCUCUCUCAUUUCACCUUACGACCAGAAAGGACAAGCCAAAUCAACCAUUCAAGCAGGAGGAUCUCAGGGUUAUGUUCCAUGGUGUGGUAUGUGCAAACUGGACAAAACCUAGAUGGGUGUUUCUCUUCUGAAACAACAACAUCGUAUUACAAAUCAAGCUGAUACCUUUUCUAGAUUCAUGGAACGAUCAUCAGAGAGUAAUCUUAACCGAAAUGAGCACAUCAUCAUUGACAUUCCAAGAAAUGCCGCCAUUGCAUCAUCAUCCUCUUCUUCUCAUGAUAGAAUCUCAAACGUUUUGGAACCGUUACAACACGAGGAAGAGAGACCCUCGAUUAUACCUCCCAUGUCUGCUCCUCAGCCAGCUACAGUGUCUUCUUCCUCAUCUAUGCGAUCGAAUCCCAGAAGCAUCCGUCGCAGAAGAAGUCCUUUGAAUUCUGGCUUAUGGAUUUCUAUUGAACUAUUCCUCACUCUUGGUCAGAUCAUUGCAGCUAUUGUUGUUUUGUCUUUGUCAAAACAUGAGCAUCCUCGUGCACCGUUGUUCGCUUGGAUUGUGGGUUAUGCCUGUGGAUGCGUCGCAACACUCCCACUUUUGUACUGGAGAUAUUAUCACUCGAAUCAGGCCUCUGAGCAGGAUUCUGGCCAGCAUCGUCCUAAUCUCAAUGUUGCAGCUGGGCCAUUCGCCUUCUCCAUAUCCAGGACAUCUGAAGGAGAUGGUCGACAGACCAAUACCACGUCUUCACGUGGUAGUAGAUAUCCUGGGUUCAUUAGUGCUGCCAGACUUAAAGUUAUUGUGGAAUACUUCAAAAUGGCUCUGGAUUGCUUCUUCGCGGUGUGGUUUGUGGUAGGUAAUGUAUGGAUAUUUGGAGGACAUUCAUCUGCUGCUGAGGCUCCUAACUUGUACAGGUUAUGUUUAGUGUUUCUUACCUUUAGCUGUAUUGGCUAUGCGAUGCCCUUCAUCCUCUGCACAACUAUAUGUUGCUGCUUGCCGUGCAUAAUCUCAAUUCUCGGAUAUAGAGAAGAUUUAACUCAGCCUCGAGGUGCCACACCUGAGUCGAUAAAUGCGUUGCCAACUCAUAAAUUUAAGUUGAAGAAAAGCAGAAGUAGUGGCGAUGACAAUGGUUCAAGCACUAGCGAAGGUGGAGUUGUGGCGGCUGGAACAGAUAAGGAACGUACAAUUUCAGGAGAAGACGCAGUCUGUUGCAUUUGCCUGGCGAAAUAUGCGAAUAACGAGGAGUUAAGAGAGCUUCCAUGCUCACAUUUCUUCCACAAAGAGUGCGUUGACAAAUGGCUGAAGAUCAAUGCCUCUUGCCCUCUUUGCAAAAGCGAAGUUGGGGAGAAGAACUCAGAUUUGACAAGCCAAGGGAUCUUGAGCUCGCUCUCUUCUGGGGAAAACGAAAACCAUCAACAACAGCAACUGCAACAACAACAACGGAGUGAACUUAGAGUUGAGAAUGGUUUGGCCAACAAUGUUAUCUAGAUGUCUGAGGUUGCUCUAUGUUGGAGAAAACGGUACAAGUAAGCCGUUUUGCGUUGUUCCUACACAAUAGGGUUUGCUACUCGGUGCAAAGAAGGUGAAGAAAGAAACGCCGAGGUUCCCUUUCUGUAAAUGCUUUUUGCCGUUGUGAAUUGGAACCCUCAAGAGUGUGUAGAAGAGUUCGAGAAUCGUUGAUUGAGUUUGAGCGUGUUCCAAAUACUUGUUUUUAUAUAUUCUCUUAAUUAUCACGAGUACCACCUCUAUACGAGAGCCAGGGAUCUCUCGAGACCUUGUGCAAGCUAAAUUACCCUUGUGGACUGCGCAAAAAUUGAAAUAAACUUAGUGUAAACUUUUAUACUGGACCAAAAAACGUUAUGACUUCGA